CAAAAUAAAACAGUCGCUGGAUCGUCGUUCUAUGAUUUAGCUGUGAAAGAUUGUAUGUUAUUGCCUUUAAUUUUGCUAUUGUAUGAAAUCACCCGAGCAAUAUAAUUAAUUUUAACUAUAGACCUGCAGUUCAAUACGUUUGAAAUAUUGUCAUGACGUCACGCACUGGCCUCCUUCCUGUGCCUUCUAAAGUUGAACACAGGUUUACAAAAGUAAACAGCAGUUCAACAAAAUCCAAACCAGUGAGGAGAUCCCUUGCUACUUUCUCCUCUGUGAAAAAACCUCAUGCUACUAACAAAGUAGUGCAUAAGCCUGACUCACUCCCAGCGUGCCAGAACACUGAGGCUGGACCUCAUGCCAGGUGUGGCGCAUGCUCAGCUAAGAAAUGCUUGGGUAAUACUUCACAUGUCAAUGUCAACAGGCCAGCUCUGAAAAGGAAAUCUCAUCCUGGGUUUCUCAGUGAAGACAAACCAUUGCAGAAAGUUUUUACACCUAAUCGAAGAAGCUGGACUAGUGAAAAACUGGCCAAGGAUGAAAAUCAGAUUCCAAAAAGUAUUUUAAAAAGAGCUCCUGGUGCUAAUUCAACAAUGAAGGAAUACAGUGCACUUGAUAACAGACAUGUUCAGUUUUCUGGUAAAGCCACAGAUCAAGCUAGUUUAAGGGCAAAACUAAAUGCUUGGCUUAAGGACAAAGGAAAAACCCCUGGUCAUUAUCGUCACUUAAUGAAUUUUGGUGCCAGCCUGUCAGCAAAAAAGAAGAAAGAUGUUCUAUCAGAUUCCCAGAAGAAUGGCAACCAGCAAUCUGAUGGAUUUAGAAAAAAAUUGUUUAAAGAUGCACCAGUCACUGCAUGUGGAAAAGAAAAUACUUCACAAACAUGCAGCUAUGAUGGUGUUGUGCAGGAUAUAGUUGAAGAAAAUGAACAACACUUGGAAGCAGAAAAUCUGAAUAAUUCAUCCCAAGUACAUGAUGAUGAAAUUGGUGAUGAUGUUUUGAACAACUUGAAAACUAUGCUGGAUGAGUGUUUGAACCUCUUCUAUUCAGGAUGCUCUCUUGAAGACAUUUUACCAUGGCUAGAAGAGAUGGAGACAAACAUCCCCAAAAUAGUCACCUUUGCGCCAUUCUAUAUUUGUAAGGCUAAAGUGAUGGGAGCGUUUCCUCAAAUGGUCCUUGAGGUAUACACAGAUGCUGUCAGACACAAUGCACAGCCUUGUGAUUUACUAGCCACAGAAAUGAAAAAUUCCUUCUCUCAAAUUUUGGGACCACAGAACAAGAGGUCACGAAAUCCCAAACCAGUUUCAUCUUGUUCCCCUCCAGUACAGCCCAGCCAAGAAUCUCUACCUCCCUGUCAGACACCAAGAGCAGCUGAGACUCCCCUUGUGGAAGGAAGUGUUAAGAAAUACAAAGUCACAACUCCAUCUUUAAGACGAGUAUCAGAAGCUGCAGUGGCGGUUGUCACACCUGUAAGACGCUCCUCCAGGCUGUCCAAGAGCAACACCCCAUGCCAUAAGCUCUUUGGUGAAGUUGUGGACAACGUCACUGAGAUAAGCCCCACAGAACGGCGCUCUAUGGUGUUUAAGGUCAACCCUGCAUUGGUCAAUGAUGAAAAUUUGUCCUCUAAGCUCGAUUAUGAAUCUGUUAUUCAAUCUAAUCAAAAUGGACUGUUCAAUGGAACUGGCGUGCAAUAAAAUAUACUUUUUAUUUUUUAUUUCAGUAGCCCGUAGUUUUUGCUAUUGGAAUUUUUUUUUAAAUCCAAACAUAUACUAGUUUUGUAGUAUACAGUACAGCAAUUGAAUUUUAAAGCGACAUAAAUGUAGUGGAUACCUACAUACUUUUUAAA